AUGAUUAUGUCUUCUGGAAGGGGGAGCUCAGGUAGUUCGCUUGGGUCCAGAAGUGGAAGAAGGAGAGCUGCUCCAUUGUGUAAAUGUGGGAGGCACAAUGUUGUUUACACCUCCAAGACACCUAGAAACCCUAAUAGUUCAUUUUUUGGGUGCCCCAACUUCAAGGAAAAGAAGCCAUACUGUAACUUUUUUACAUGGGUGGAUGAUGCUACAUCUGAUACCAUGGAGCUGGAAGAUUGGACAAUUAACAAGUUGGAGUUGAAUGUAGCUGAAAUGGAGUUCAAGUUGAACUUUUUGGACAUGAAGCUCAAUGAUGAACUGCAACUGGAGGUGAAUGACCACAAAAAGAAGAUUAAUGAGCACUGUAUAAAGAUUGAAGACAUAGCAAUGAAGAUGCAGGCAGACUUUGAAAGGGUUGAGAAGGAAAUGAUGCAUGUGUGUAGGUGUGCUAGGGUGUUUGCUGGAUCCAUUAUCAUUGUCUUUGUAAUAUGUUUAUAUCUUUGUAGUAGGGUGGAGUGA